UUAGACCCGAGCCUCCCACACUACUCUCCACCACCAUUGCUUUUUCACCUACAUGAUGAGAUACCAGCUGGCACCAGUCAUAGAGUGAUUUGUACUCCCUUCAUUGAUGACCAAAAUGCUGUGGUCUAUGACCACUUCUGAUCCUUUUUUUGCCAAUCAAUUUUGCUUGUUCUUCUGCCCAGACUAUGGCUACCAUUGAUGCUAACCAUUGGACUGAGCAGGACUCUAUCCGCUGUGCGGACGACCAGUUAAAAAUUUUUUAAUUUUCGAACCCAUCUAUUCAAAAUGGUUCUGCACAACCCUAACAACUGGCACUGGGUGAACAAGGAUGCGUCUGGCUGGGCGAAAGAUUGGUUCGGUGAAAACCUGACCAAACUUGAGGCUGAAAAUGGAGACGUCAAGGCCAAGAUCACCAAGAUUCAAAGCAUGUCUGGCGAUGUCGAUGUCAGCCAGCGCAAGGGAAAAGUCAUUACAAUCUUUGAUGUGAAGCUAGUGCUGGAGUACUCCGGAUCCACUGCCGAGAUCGAGGAGGUCUCAGGUAACAUUACUAUCCCCGAGAUUGCUCACGAUACAGAAGAGGACGAAUAUGUUUUCGAGAUUGAUAUCUUUUCGGAAUCAAAGGAGAAGCAGCCUGUCAAAGAUCUUGUUCGAUCAAAGCUCGUUCCUCAGCUGCGAAAGGAAUUCCAGAAACUUGCUGGUGCAUUGAUUGCCGAGCAUGGAAAGGAUAUUCAGCACGCGCCUGGCUCCAACCCGUCCAGCGGUUUCUCUACCCCUAGAACACUCCCCCAGUCUUCAUCAAAGCCUGCAGCUCAAGCCACGACUUCUCAAGUAAGCAGCUCUGGUGCUGUCAACACGGUAACAGUGCGUGACGACCAGGAGUUCCGUACUACUGCUGAAGAGAUGUAUGAGACUUUCGUUGACCCUCAGCGAUUGGCUGCCUUCACUCGCGCGCCCCCAAAGCUGUUCGAGGGAGCAAAGAAGGGAGGCAAGUUUGAGCUUUUUGAUGGCAACGUUUCUGGAGAGUACCUCGAGCUAGAAAAGCCCAAGAAGAUUGUCCAGAGCUGGCGGCUGAACCAGUGGCCCGCUGGCCACUACUCAAAGCUCAACAUUGAGUUUGAUCAGAACGACAUCGACCACGUCACCGUAAUGCGUGUCACCUGGGAGGGUGUCCCUGUCGGUCAGGAAGACGUCACUAAGAGAAACUGGGGCGAAUAUUACGUCCGAAGCAUCAAGCAAACCUUUGGAUUUGGCACUAUUCUAUAAUCGCCACAAUGCACACAUUGGAAAUGGUUUUUUUAUAAUAUUUCUCUCUCCAUUACAGCGCUUUAGAUGAGGGUAAAGACAUGGGG